CCGCGCUUCUGCUUUUCCUACUUCUGGCUCUACUUCUGCGCUAAUCCAAACGGCCCUAAGAGAUAAUGGAGUAAUAGGCUAUAAAGUAUAUUGCAGCAAAUUUGAGAAAACUCUCUAGUCGCUGUAGAGGCGACGUGCGGCGUGGCUCGGAUGAGAGCCAUGAUGGUGGAAUGUGCGGCCUCAAUACCUAGUUCGUGAAUGGUACAAAUUGUUAAUACUGCAAAAGGUAUGAAGGUCUUUGAGGGUUGCAAUGGAAGAGAACUGUAAAAAUGGGAAAGAGCGGAAGAAAGGAACAAGAAACAACACACUGGGGAACAAAGAAAACUGAGAAAACGGAUGAAGAAAGAGCAAAACAGAAAUAGGAAAAGGAUGACAACACAGAAAAUUGGAGUUAACUGCCUGGUUUUCUUUGUAUUAUGUUGUUUCACCCAUUAUUUUCCUUAUACUUCAUGUGUUGUUCAAUGAGCAUCAUGUUAUCGGAGCUUGAAUGGUAAAUGACUACUUUACAGUUUCUUGUUAACUUCAUGUGAACAACCACCAAUGUGGUAUAAUCCUGUUAUUUUUUAUUUUUUAUUAUUUUGUACUUGUAAUUUAUUUAAUUCUUUUUUGUAUGGUGAUGUAGCCAUAUGGUCAUUAGUCCAUUUAGGGUGUGUUUGUUUGGGGGUUUGGAUUUUGAGUUGGGAUUUGAAUAGUAAAAAUUUUGAAUUUGAAUAGUUGUAUGAUGUGAUAUAAAUAGGUGUUGAUGUGAUGUUUUGAAUGUAAAAUUGAUUUUUAGUAUAAUAUAAAAAAUGAAAAAUAGGUGUUUGAUUUGAUGUUUUUGGGGGGAAAAAAUUGGAUGAAUAGUAGAAAUCUUAUUAAAUCCCCCAAACAAACACACCCUUAGUGUUGCACGCUGUUAAUAGGUCAAGCAUCUUACAGGUUAAUAGUAUAUAAUGUAUAAGUAGCUGGUAUGAUAUUUUAUUAUUCAUCCAUAUAUUUAGUUUCUUACUUUUUUUUUUUGUCCCUAAAAAUAUUACCCUUACAACAAAGACUUACACAGCUACUCAUCUCAGUGCUAUGCAUUCGUGUUCAUUUAUAUGCUUGUAUGUGCCUGACAAUGGUAACAUGUUGUGCAUAAGAGCAUUUGUAUUCUGAAGUUUGAAGUGCUUCCCAUCAGAAAGCUCUUAUCUUCCACGGAGUACUUCUACCUAUUUUCAAGUAAGGUUUCUAAUUAAAUGCACUAAGAGAUUAUUCUGGCUAUUCAACUCCUUUUCUCUUGCUUCUCUCUUUUCUCUAAUUUCUGUUGCAGGUGAAUGGAAUUUCCAUCAUCAUGCCCUGAUACUCAGAAACACAUAUUUAGAUGCAAUUGUGGGCUUCGAAUUCACUUACUGAGCAAAGAUUUAUAUUCGCCAUAUAAUGAGGUAAAUUGAUAAUCUGUCUUCCCAGUCAUGUAUGCAUUUUAUGUGAAUAUUUUUCUUAUUUGGGUGCAGAAAAGUCUCAACUGUACUAAUAUUUUUUGUUCGAACAAUAUAUAUCUUUUAAGUUGACCAAUGUUAUUAAUUUGAUUGGCAGAGUACGUGCAGUAACAUUUUUAUUACCUAUGGCAUCAUUAAUCUAUUAUUUUUUUUAACCCUUGUAUGUAUUUUAUUGUUUUCCUCUCUGGAUUUUGGCUUACAAAUUUUAUACAACUAGAUUGUAGAUGUUUUCUUAAAUGGCCUAACUUUUUUUUGUCAUAAUCCACGGCUUUUUUUUUGUUGGCACAUUCAUUACUCUUGCUACAUCCUUACAAUGUUGGGUAAGCUCUCUUUUCGUUUCAUUUUUCCAUGGUUAAUAUCUUGACAGGCUGUUAUGGAUCAACUGCAACUGCAAGCACCGGCAACAAUGGCCCCGGUACCGCUGCGUGUCUAUACACGAUGCGGGAAAGGGCAUUUUGGUCUAAUCGUUGCAUUAAUUAUUAUGUUAGAAUUGCAAAUUAGUACUUAAUCUUAUUUACAAUUAGAUUUAUGAGUUGAUAUAAAUAAAUGGUAUUUAGGGUUAGAGGGGGUUAUCAAAGAAUUAGUGUAAGGCGGCUACUGCUGACAAAAGAGAUCAGUUCUUCUUCUAUAUAAUAAAAUUGGUUCUUAUUGUUCUUGUUUCUAUUACUGGCACAAGCACAAGUCGAUACAGGUUUUUAUUCAUUGAUUGCAAUAGAUUAACAUUUUCUUAUUUGAGUUAAAUGUAUCAGAAAAAUUUACCGGUAGCGUACGAGCAUGUAGUAGGGUCAAUAACUUUGAACUUAAUCCCAAACUGUCAUAGGAGCUAUACUAACAUUUUUUUUCAAAUGACUAAAAUCGUAUGUAAGUUGUAUAAGAUAACAUUUUGAAUUUUCCAUCAGUCAAAUGGUUAAUUCUUUAUGUCUUAUCAGUUUCUUGAAAUAUUAUUAGUUAAUGAUAAUAUAUAAAUGAUUAUUAUGCUCAAUGUGUACUUUUAUAUUGACUUAAAUUAUUUUUAUUGUUUUUGAUUUCAUAAUUAGUUCAUUUCUUUUUUACAACUAUCUAUAAGAACGAUAUGAAUCUAGAGUUGCUGUUAUUUUAGUAAGUCAAUAUCAAUGAUGUAAACUUUGUAUAUGUGAUAGCUGGAACCACAGAUGAUUUUGACAGAUAGCCACAAACAUUUUGAAAGUAAGUGGUCAGUUUUCAGCGGAUACAUCUAUGCAGCUGAAUUUUUUUUAAAUAAAUUACUUUGACAACAUUUGGUGAUUCAAUAAAGUUGCCUGGAAGCAGAAAGUAUAGAACAUGCUAAUCAAUAUGUAUGAAUCAAGAUCUGAAUUUUAUCAAAGCCCAUAAGCAUCAAACACUGAUGUCGAAAUCUGGACUAUGAACUAAGUUUGAGAACUACCCCUACUAAUUUAGUCAUCCAACAAAGACUUUGGUUUCUUGGUGAUAUCGCCUUCUGCAUCCCUACCUAACGGCGGUUAAAGUUAUUGAGAGAAAUAAUUAUAUCUGACAAUAUCACGUGAAAGUAACUUAUUUUGUCGCAUGUCUCUCGUUUUUCUUGCCAGCAGCUUUGUUGUGCGUGCAUUGUUUAAUCACCAAAUUUAAGUCAUUAGCAGAAACUCAGUAAUCAUUUCAUGAGCUGCAAUUGAUAUAUUGAGUGAUAUAGGAAUAACCUUUUAUGGAGCUUUGAUAAUUAAUAGACAUUCACUUAUGCAAUAUGUUUAUUAUUGCAUUAUGCAUAGAGUGUACAUAACUGAUUUUAAUGUUCAGAGAAUAGAUGGAAUUAGACUAUAAAUGAUGCAUAAAAUUUGAAAUGUGUAAACGGUCGAAUCAAUCAUGGCAGUACACGACAGUCUCUUAUUCCUGUGCCUCAAGGAAUCUUUCUUUUCUUUCUUUUUAAGAAACUGCAUUUAUUUCUUGCGGUUAUACUUGAGUCAGACAGGAAUUAACACGAGGUGUCGGUUGGUAAUAUGAGCUGUAGGGGCCCACCAAAUGCCAGCCGGGUCUCAUUUUCUUAUAUCAUUAUAUAACAUGCUAUUGUGCUGCAUCUUUCCUGCCACCCCAUAGAACAGCCGGGAUGGGAGAUGAGAGUGGUGGUGCACUACAUCAGCUAUCACAGGUUUUUCCAGAUGAAAUCAUUGUUGAAAUUCUGGCAAGGCUACCAGUGGAGUCUCUCCUGAGAUUCAAAUCUGUUUCAAAGUCGUGGCUCUCUCUUAUAGCUACGCCUGAUUUUAUGAAACAACAUCACAAAACUGCAGCACACAAUGGUGAGUACUCUUGCCUCCGAUUGAUUGGUAUCUUUGAACAUCCUCACAACCAUUUCAGAGAGUAUUCCCUCCAUAGCAUGUUGCAUGAACCUGAAGUUGAUCCAUUAAUUAUGGAUUAUUCUGGGGAUGAUGAUAAUUUGCCUAUGCGGAUCGUGGGUUCCUGUCAAGGGAUAAUCUGCAUUGCCUUUGGUAUGGAGCAUUUUGUUCUGUGGAAUCCCUCAAUUAAGAAAUACAAUUAUGUGCCCUCCAUAGCAGAAAGCUUGAGCGGGUAUGGUUGCUAUGUGAAAGAUGGGUUUGGGUAUGUGGAAUCAACUGAUGAUUUUAAGAUUGUGGCUAUUUUCUACUGCAUGUUUAUUGAUGGUCCGUAUACAGUGCAUAUCUACUCUCUAAAGACUAAUGAAUGGAGGAACAUUGAAGGUUUCAGUAUUGGCACUCCAUUGGACGAUUCAGGUAAGUAUGCCUGCGGUAAGAUCCACUGGCUAGUGGAUUGUGAUGGUUCCUUGGAUAUUGUUUCCCUUGAUUUAAUUACCGAGAGCUAUGCUAGGCUGGGGGCGCCCCCCAAUGAAGCUACACAGCCGGCUGUUAGUCGAGGCUGUGAUGGUACUUGUGUGACUCUGGGAUUGUUUUCUGGGCUACUUUGUGUGCUGUAUGAUGAUCACAGGUCGCGUAUGGAUCUCUGGGUUAUGAACGAGUAUGGAGUGACCAGCUCUUGGUCGAAACUAUUUGUACUCCCUCAUCUGGGUGCUCCUGGAUAUUUCCCUCACAUGCUGCGCAUCUGGAAAUUGAACGAUGGAAAUAUCUUCCUGUCGUAUGGUACUGCCGUAGCUGUUUACAAUCCCAGGAUCAGAGGAUGGGCUGCUCCUCAAAUCAAUGAUGUUGGUUCUAUUUAUCAAGCGGAUUUCUAUGUUGAGAGCCUGGUUUCACCUUGCAAUGAUGAUGAUGACGACGACGACGAUCCUGACGAUGCAGAAAUGUUUGAAGAGAUGGGCCUCUAGAGAAAGGAUUCAUAUGCUUAUUUACUAUAAUAAUUAGUAUAAUUGCUAGUAUUCUCUGUACUAAUCUGCUAGUGUUGCUCACUGCUUGUUUGUUAGACCUCUUGGUAUUUCUAUGCAUUAAAACUAUUGUACUUUGUGGUAUUUCUAUGCAUUAAAACUAUUGUACUUUGU